AUGAUACUAAACCAGAUCUCAUAUCUGGAUUGUAUAGCCUUCCUCGUCUUCCUUGCCCCUCAACUGCUCAUCAGAGUCGGAUUUGUACAAACUGUCUCUUGUGUGAUCACUGCAUUGCCAUUCUUUCUGGUGCAAUUACCAUACCAGUUCAUCAAGGAACGUUUCUUCACGCCUGUGGACCAGAAAUCGUCAUUCAACCAACAUGCCACUCCUUUCCAAGACUUUGUCAUUCGCUGCGUUCGAUAUGCUUUUGCCAAAAUCCCUGCUACGAUUGGCAAGGUCUUCUUCAGUAAGGGUGUCGCAUUGCCGUUCUUCUGGUUCCGCAUGUUGAGACACGGGUAUCGUAAAUCUACUGUUCCGUGGCGGGAGGUCAAGAAGCCUGGACUCCAUGGCAUCUGGAUGAUUUGUGAUGAGACCAAAGAGCCGGACAUCGUGAUUUAUUACUGUCAUGGCGGUGGUUUCUCCAUGGGCAGCAGCUUCUUCUACCUUGAGUUCCUGCUAGCAUGGGUUGGCAUUCUCAAAGAGUCUGGCUACUCGAAUCCAGCUCUCUUCGCUCUCGAAUACACACUGGUACCCGACUCUACUUACCCAAGUCAAGUCCACGAAACACUCAGCGGAUAUGAAUACGUUCUUUCAAAGAUCUCAGACUCGUCUAGAAUAGUCGUUAGCGGCGACUCUGCAGGCGCAACACUAAUGCUCAGUCUCUUGCUCUACAUGUCUCAAGAGCCUAAGCUACGAACACAGCUCCCAGGCCUGGGUAUCAUGAUUUCUCCUUGGACUGUCAUUGUAUCGCCGAAGAAUAAAGAUACGCCUAGUGAUUAUCUCAAUGCCAGCUCUUUGCACUUAUACGGUAGUCAAUACAUUGGUUCCAAGGCCUCCGCCUCUGAUUCUUUGGUUUCACCAGGAAAGUGCCGAGACAAGGAGUGGUGGAAGCGAGCAUCGCCGAGUAAAGGCUGGUUCUUCAUCUACGGUGCCGAAGAAGUGUUUGCACCCGAGACCGUCGACUUGCUGAACUUUUUGAAGGAUGAAGUCAAAACUGAAGUGGGUGUACAUGAAGAGAAGGGAUGGAUUCACGCAUGGCCCGUGGUAAAGCUUUUCCUGUGCGACGGGCAGAAGGAGCGACAGAGCGGACUCAGGAGCAUGACCAAGGUCAUACAGAGUAGACUCAAGUAG